AUGAACCAUGGUGAAAAUGAAAAUCGAGAAGAGGUAGUUGAUGAACAAGUUAACAAUAUAUAUGCUAAUGAAAAUAGAGAAGGAAUAACUGGUGAAAAUGAAACUAGAGUACAAGUUAAUUUGCAAGAUAAUAUUGAUUCUGACACUCACAAUGAAGAUAGAGAAGAAGUAUUAGAAAAAUCAUCUCAUAAAAAUAUAUACGACCCAAGUCAAUGGAUAACUAUUGACACAAAUUUGAGAGAUUUAUUAGUAGAGAACGACCCUAUAAAAGUUACCGAUAUAGAUUUUCCUAAGGAUGCAUAUGCAAGAAACUUUUCUUCAUCACUUUACAUUCAACAAUUGUCCAACGGAGAAAAACGUGAAAGAAGAUGGUUGGUUUAUUCUCAAAAUUUGGAUAAAGUGUUUUGCUUCUGUUGUAAAUUAUUUAAUGCUCUUCCUAGUACAAGUAAAUUAGCACAUGAAGAUAGUAAUGAUUGGAGAAAUAUUAGUGCUAAGUUGAAGAGUCGUGAGACAAGUAAUGAUCAUAUUGUUAAUAUGAGUUUAUGGAUUGAUUUAGAAAUGAGGUUAUUAAAACAUAAAACAAUUGACAAGAAUGUUCAAGAAAGAAUUAAUAGAGAAAGAGAGCAUUGGAGAAAUUUAUUACUUAAAAUCAUUGCGAUUGUUAAAACUCUUGGAAAAAAUAAUUUAGCAUUUCGUGGAACAAACGAAAAGAUUUACCAAGAAUCCUAG